AUGAUGAACGGCUGGGACGAGAAGCAGCACCUGGACGACGACGCCUUUGGGGCGAAGGGGAACAUCGUCAGCGCUUUCGAUGCCUUUCCCAAGGCGAAACCACAGUAUGUGACGCGCACAGCUGGCGGUGGAAAAUGGACUGUCGCGAUGACGGUCAUAUCAGUCUUCCUUUUCUGGUCUGAACUUGGUCGCUGGUGGCGUGGUACCGAAACGCACACUUUUGCCGUCGAGAAGGGUGUACUGCACGAGAUGCAGAUCAACAUGGAUAUUGUCGUGCGCAUGCACUGCGAUGACCUUCACAUCAACGUUCAAGAUGCGGCGGGUGAUCGUAUUCUCGCAAGCAGCAUGCUCAAGCGCGACAAGACCAACUGGUCUCAGUGGGUGGACAGCAAGGGAAUCCACCGCUUGGGGAGAGACAGCAAGGGCAAGAUUGACACCGGCGCCGGCUGGCAGGAGGAGGAGGGUUUCGGGGAGGAGCACGUCCACGACAUCGUGUCGCUCAGCAAGAAGAGGGCCAAAUGGGCCAAGACACCCAGGCUCUGGGGCGACGGCGACAGCUGCCGCAUCUACGGCAACCUCGAUGUAAACAGAGUGCAGGGUGACUUCCACAUCACCGCCAGAGGCCACGGCUACAUGGAGUUUGGGGAGCAUUUGGAUCAUGCCGCUUUCAACUUCUCACACAUCAUUUCGGAGAUGUCCUUCGGUCCAUUCUACCCCUCGCUUGUGAAUCCCCUGGAUCGCACGGUCAACCUCGCCAGGAUCAACUUCCACAAGUUCCAGUACUACUUGUCCGUGGUUCCCACCGUCUACUCUGUCGGCCACUCGUCGUCCAACCUCAUUUCCACAAACCAGUAUGCCGUUACAGAACAGAGCAAGGAGACCGAUGACCACAACAUUCCCGGUAUCUUCUUCAAGUACGACAUUGAGCCCAUUCUGCUGUCCGUGGAAGAGUCCAGAGACGGCUUCCUCCAGUUCUUGAUGAAGAUUGUCAACGUUAUCAGCGGUGUUCUGGUUGCCGGCCACUGGGGUUAUACCCUCACCGAGUGGUACAAGGAGGUCAUGGGCCGGCGGAGAAGAGAGAGAAACGAGGGUUUCAUUGGCACGAAGAGCUCAGAGUACGAUCACCUGCCGAUUAGGAGGACAUUCGCGACCGCUCAGGACGUUGAGCAGCAAGAUGCUGAGAUGCGCAAGCUGCUCCCCAAGUCUAUCAAGCCCGACACGUACCGCAGACUUCACGACAAUCUCCUCAAGGUCCGCCAUGUCCUCGGACAGCAGCGCCUCACCCUCGCCGAGAAGAUCCUGUACAGUCAUCUGGACAACGUCGAGGACUCGCUCCUUACGAACACGGACAAUGGACGCAAUAUCCGCGGCAGUGCCAACCUCAAGCUGAACCCAGACCGAGUCAACAUGCAAGAUGCAUCGGCACAGAUGGCGCUGCUGCAGUUCAUGUCCUGCAACCUUGCGAAGCCUGCGAUUCCUGCCAGCAUCCACUGUGACCACUUGAUUGUGGGAUCCAAGGGCGCCGAGAGCGAUUUGACGGACGGCAUCAGCGUGAACAAGGAGGUGUUCGACUUCCUCGAGUCUGCCGGACGCAAGUAUGGCAUGGACUUCUGGCCCCCUGGUGCAGGCAUUAUUCACCAGACGGUUUUGGAGGUCUACGCUCUUCCCGGUAUCAUGAUGUUGGGAACCGACAGCCACAGCCCUAACGCUGGUGGCCUUUCUACUAUUACUAUCGGAGUUGGUGGUGCCGAUGCCGUGGAGGCGCUUGUCGGUGCUCCUUGGGAGCUGAAGGCCCCUCGUGUGCUCGGAGUCAAGCUGACCGGCAAGCUCAAUGACUGGGUGUCCCCCAAGGACGUUAUUCUCAACCUGGCCGGCAAGUUGACUGUGCGCGGCGGAACCGGAUUUAUCGUUGAGUAUUUCGGCGAGGGCGUUGAGACUCUUAGCGCCACCGGAAUGGCCACCAUUUGCAACAUGGGUGCCGAAGUCGGCGCUACAACCUCCAUCUUCCCCUACACGGCCGCCUCUGAACGCUACCUCCUUCAAACCCGCAGACAGGCCGAACACAAGGCGCUGGACGCAUACAAGAAGUGGUCAGCCUUCAACUUCAGAGCUGACGAGGAUGCCCACUAUGACCAGGUCAUUGAGAUCAACCUUUCUGAGCUCGAGCCCCACAUCAACGGCCCCUUUACCCCCGACUUGGCUACCCCCUUGUCCGCUUUCAAGGAGACCAUUCAGACUGAGCAAUGGCCUGAAGUUUUGUCCGCCGGUCUUAUUGGCAGCUGCACCAACAGCUCCUACGAGGACAUGACCAAGGUCGAGAGCAUGGUCAAGCAGGCCGAGAAGGCCGGCUUGAAGCCCAAGGCACCAUUCUACAUCACCCCUGGAAGCGAGCAGAUUCGCGCUACUCUCGAGCGCGAUGGUACUCUGAAGACUCUGGAGGGUGCUGGAGGUAUCGUUCUCUCCAAUGCUUGCGGCCCAUGCAUCGGCCAGUGGAAGCGUCAGGACGACAUCCCCAAGGGCCAGCUGAACGCCAUCCUGACCUCGUACAACCGUAACUUCAAGGGCCGCAACGACGGCAACCCCGGCACCAUGAACUUCCUCGCCUCCCCUGAGAUCGUCACUGCUAUGGCCUACGCCGGUGCGACCACCUUCAACCCCAUGACGGACAAGUUGCAGACCCCCGACGGAAAGGAGUUCAAGUUCGAGGCUCCCCGCGGCCUGGAGAACCCCAAAACCCCCUUCGAGUCCGGCGUCGCGUCUCUCCAGUCCAUCUCGCCCGAUGAGCCCAAUGCCGACGUCAAGAUCGCCAUCCCCCCGACCUCGGAGCGUCUCGCCUUCCUCGAGCCCUUUGCGCCCUUCCCCGAGAGCGACCUAAGCGGCCUCAAGGUCCUCGUCAAGGUCACCGGAAAGUGCACUACCGACACCAUCUCGGCCGCGGGCCCCUGGCUCAAGUACAAGGGUCACCUGCCCAACAUCAGCACAAACACGCUCAACACGGCCGUGAACAAGGAGACGGGCGAGGUCAACGCCGCCUACGACGUCGACGGCUCCAAGCACACCAUUCCCGAGCUCGCGCAGCUGUGGAAGGAGCGCGGACAGGAGUGGCUCGUCGUCGCGGAGCACAACUACGGCGAGGGCAGCGCGCGCGAGCACGCCGCCCUGCAGCCGCGGUACCUCGGCGCUCGCGUCGUGCUGACAAAGUCAUUUGCGCGCAUCCACGAGACCAACCUGAAGAAGCAGGGCGUCGUGCCCCUGACGUUUGAGAACGAGGCCGACUACGACAAGAUUGCGGCGUGCGACGAGGUCAGCACCGUCGGUUUGUACGAGAUGCUCCAGAACGGCGGGCAGGGCAAGGUGCAGCUGCUUGUCAAGAAGAAGGACGGCUCUGAGGUGUUGAUCCCCACCUCCCACGCUGUUACCAAGGACCAGGCUGGAUUCAUCCUCGCGGGUAGCGCUCUGAGCAUGCUUGCCAAGCGUAACCAGGCUUAA